AUGUCAUACGAUAUCAAAGAUCUAUUCAAUGUGCGCGGCCUAGUUGCCGUCAUCACUGGCGGGAGCUCCGGUCUGGGUAAGACGAUGGCUCUCGCCCUCGCUACCAAUGGAGCCAGCAGAGUCUAUAUCCUGGGCCGCCACAAAGAGACUCUCGAAGAUACAGCCGACUUGCAUCCCGGCAUUAUUAUCCCUAUCGUCGCUGAUGUGGGCUCAAAGGCCUCUCUUGCUGCCGCUGCCGAUCAAAUUCAUACGGAAACUGGGUACAUCAACCUCCUCGUCGCAAAUGCAGGAAUGCUCUAUAUGGACACGCCAGAAGCCAUCAGUGUAAAGGUCGGUCGCUCUUUACAGGAGAAUGCGACCCCUGAUGAGUUGGAAUCGUUCCUCAUGGAUACCCCGGUCGAUGAAUUCUUGGACACGUUCCGGGUAAACACAACAGGGGUAUUCUACACCAUUGCGGCCUUUAUAUCAUUACUGGACAAAGGCAACAAGCGAGGAAAUGUCUUUCAAAAGAGCCAGGUGAUUGCUGUGAGCAGUGUAGCAGCACAUAACCGGAGAGUGGUUGGAGGUUGUGCAUACGGGAUGAGUAAGGCUGCUGUGAUCAUGUUAAUGAAGAAGAUGAUGACAUACUUGAUUCCUCACGGGAUUCGGGCAAACACAAUCUCUCCUGGCCUGUUCCCAAGCAAUCUGUGUGGAAGCCCAGCCAAUGAAGAGAUCUCGAUUGAAGGCGCGUUUGACCGAGAGUUCAUUCCACUGCAAAGAGCAGGGAGGCGCGAGGAGAUUGCUGGAACUAUUCUGUAUCUGGCCAGCAAGGCAGGCGGGUAUGUUAAUGGGGAUUUGCAUCUGAUUGAUGGGGGCAUGGCAGGAUGCAGCAGUUGA